AUGGAGAUCAAAUCUUUGCAAAUAAAGCUGUUUUUCUUCUGUGCGUCGACCUUGUACCUUAGUGAAGAUGAUAGUGAAAUGUACCAACCUUUCUCACGAUGGGAGCUUUCCUUGAUAGAUAUUGACGAGUGUACGACUAACAGGCAUAAUUGUGACAUCAAUGCUUUUUGUAAUAAUACCGAGGGAUCUCAUAAUUGCACCUGUAAGCCUGGAUACUCUGGAGAUGGAAGUACUUGCACGGGUAAUGACGUGUUUUAGUCUUUCUUUGUUUAUAGACAUAAAACUGAGGUAUUUCUUGAAUUAGAUUUUGUAAUAGAGAACAAAUCGUUUCAAAUGAAGCUGCGUCGCCCUUAUUCCUUUGUAAAGAUGAUGGUAAAAUGCACUAAAAUUUCUCACGCUGGGAGCUUUCGUUCAUAGAUAUUGACGAGUGUACGAAUAACGGGCAUAAUUGUGACAUCAAUGCUUUCUGUAAUAAUACCGAGGGAUCUCAUAAUUGCACCUGUAAGCCUGGAUACUCUAGAGAUGGAAGUUUUUGCACGGGUAAUGACGUAUUUUAUUCUUUCUUUGUAGACAUAAAACUGAGGUAUUUCUUGAAUUAGAUUUUGUAAUAGAGAACAAAUCUUUUCAAAUGAAGCUGCGUCGCCCUUAUUCCUUUGUAAAGAUGAUGGUAAAAUGCACUAAACCUUUCUCACGCUAGGAGCUUUCCUUGAUAGAUACUGACGAGUGCACGACCAACAGCCAUAAUUGUGACGUCAAUGCUGUCUGUAAUAACACCCAGGGAUCUCAUAAUUGUACCUGUAAGCCUGGAUACUCUGGAGAUGGAAGUAAUUGCACUGGUAACGGAACAUGUUUUAAUUUUUUGUUUCUUUCUAUAUAUAUGAUUGAGGGCUAGUAGGUCUAAUUUUGUAAUCGAAAUGGAAGUAAUUUGCACUGGUAACAACGUGUGGUUAUUUUUCGUUAGUUUAUUAACUACUAAAUAAUGUAUUUCCUAAUUUAGAUUUUAUGAUCCAGAACAAAUACCUGCGAAAAGGAAUGUUUUCUUAUAUCCUACGUCUUUUAUGUGUGAACCUAUAUAUAUGGGCUUCCUUGCCUUUACCACAUUUAAUCUUGUAAAUAAUUUAGUUGGAAUAUUGUAUAUUAUCUUUAACGUAUUUCUGUAUACUGUUGUUGUACUUCUGGUUAAUGGCAAAAAUGAAUGAAUGAAUGAAUGAAUGAAUGAAUGAAUGAAUGAAUGAAUGAAUGAAUGAAUGAAUGAAUGAAUGAAUGAAUGAAUGAAUGAAUGAACCUUGUACGUGUGUGAAGAUGAGGAGAAAUGUACCACCAACCUCUCAUGUUUGGAGCUUUUCCUCAUUGAUAUUGACCAGUGUAUGACAAACACCCAUAACUGUGAUAUCUAUGCUGUCUGUAAUAAUACCGUGGGAUCUCAUAAUUGCACUGUAAACCUGGUUUCUCUGGAGAUGGAAGUAAUUGCACUGGUAAUAACGUGCAAUAACUAUUCUUUAGUUUGGUUGUGGUUAAGGUGAUUGUUAGGUUAGAUUUCGCGGUUGACAGGCAAUCGUUGCGAACAAAGUUCCUUUCUUCAGCAACCGAUCUUAUUUUCAACCAUAUAACCCUGUGAAACUAUUUGUUAAAUAUACUUUUCUCACGUUGGGAGCUUUUUUUUCAUAGAUACUGACGAGUGUGCAACCAACACCCAUGACUGUCACAUCAAUGCUGUCUGUAAUAAUACCGAGGGAUCUCAUAAUUGUACCUGUACGCCUGGAUACACUGGAGAUGGAAGUAGUUGCAUUGGUAAAAACGUGAAUCUUUUCUUUGUUUGGUUGUAGUUAAGGCGAUUGUUAGGUUAGAUUUCGCGGUUGACAGGCAAUCGUUGAGAACAAAGUUGUUUUCUUCAGUAACCGAUGUUAUUUUCGGUAUCAAUCUUAUACUUCUAGCUGUGAAACUAUUUAUUAGAUACAUUUUUCUCACGUUGGAGCUUUCCUUCAUAGAUGUUGACGAGUGUAUGAUUAACACCCAUAACUGUGACAUCAAUGCUGUCUGUAACAAUACCGAGGGGUCUCAUAAUUGUACCUGUAAGCCUGGAUACUCUGGAGAUGGAAUUUCCAGUUGCACAGGUAACAACGUGUUUCUGUUCUUUGUUGUUUACAUAUAUGAUUGAGGUGUUUCCUAGGAUAAAUUUUGUAAUAGACAUACAAUCUUUCAUUGGACGAAAAAAUGGAUUUGCACAAAUUUGCUCCUUGCAAAUAUAUCCCAAAUUUGUAAAAACUGAGGAGUAAAUCUGGGGCAAAGAUGGUGAAUACCACAUUUGCCUAGUUGUUUACAUCCCUGUUUUUUGGUAUCCAAAUGUGGCAUUUACUAUAUUUACUCCUCUGUUUUUACAAACUUGCAACAUAUUGGCGGGAGCAAAUUUUCAAAUCCAUUUCUUCGUCCAGUGUUUGAAAAUAAAGCUAUUUUCUUAUAUCCUACGUUAUUUGUGUCAACCUUGUGGUGGACCUUGUGCUCUUGUGUUGUAAACGACUUUUUUAGUGGGGAACACGUGAGUCAAAUACCGUAAAAUUCCGAAAAUAAGCCUCUCCAUUUAUAAGGCCCCUCUAAAUAUAAGGCCCCCAAAAUCGUAACGCGAAAAACUCUCCGUUAAAUCGCCCCUCCGAAUAUAAGCCUCCCGGGGGGCUUCUACUUGGAAUUUGCCCUCGAAUACAAAGUAAAACAAAGCAAAAAUGGUAAAUUUCCUUCCGACUACAAGCUAGCCCAAUCGAUUUUGAAACGCAAAUUUCCCUCCGUACAUAAGCCCCUUCAAAAAUAAGCCCCUCAAAAAGGGCCUUUGAAAAAUAUAAGCCCCGCGGCUUAUUUUCGGAAUUUUACGGUAGGAGCAAUCGAUUAGGAUCAGAAUUAGGAUGUAAUUGGAGUACAAGUCUUUCUCUAGUUCGGGUCUGUUCUUGUGUAUCUUGAAAUAAAGUCUGUUCUCAACUUAUUUACAAGUAGGAGUCUAUCUUGUACGGAAGGAAGCUUUAUCUCAACGGUCGGAUAAAGUAGCUUGAGAAAACAGCCGACAUUUGGCCACCACUGGUUUCCCCGCGAAAUGACGUCUGAGAAAGGAGCGCAGAAAUUCCAUAAUGAUGACGUGUCACUACCCAUUUAUGGGUAGUGCUUCUGAUUGGUCGUGCCGCACUACCCAGAUCUGUGUCUUUAGUAUGGAACUACUGCGCUCGUUUUUCAAAUGUCUUUUCUCGGGGAAACCAUUACAGUGGUGGUGUCGCAAAAUGUCGGCUGUUUUCUCAAGGUACUUUAUUCCGACCGUUGAGAUAAAGCUUCCUUCCGUACAAGGAAGGAAUAAAGAGGAUGGUCGUUUAUGACAUUUUCUGGUGUCGAGAUUUGGGAGUGAACUGUCGGGGGAGCGAAAUGAUAGAGAAACGAACAGAAGACAAUAUUUUUAAAACACUGAUGGUAUUUCAUUAGAGUUUAUAUACUAAUAACGUUUUUCACGUUGGGCGCUUUCCUUCAUAGAUAUUGACGAGUGUGCGAACAACACCCAUAACUGUCACAUCAAUGCUUUCUGUAAUAAUACCGAGGGGUCUCAUAAUUGUACCUGUUUGCCUGGAUACGUUGGAGAUGGAAGAUUCUGUACUG